CGCUCAGCCUCCGCGGAUCUCAUUACGAGCCGCUGUCAUGUCAACAAAGUCCCCAAAGUCUAUUUGGACUUUUUGUUGUUCACGGCGUGAACCUGUCCGUCACCGACAGCAGGGUCGAACAUUCGGUGGACACGAUGUCCUCCCGUGAUGAGUCGUGAUAUGAUUUGACCCCAGUUGGUCCUCAGGUCCCUUCGUCGUUGUCCUCUCCUUGCUGCCGGACUUCGACGAUCAGGUUGCACAGUAAGACCAGGACAUCAGCCAGACUUAUUUCAGUUGUGUUUCAUGGUCUUGAAUAGUGAAUCAGAACACCUGGGUUCAUUUCGUCCGAAGACUGCAGUUUCCUGGGCAGUCCGUGUGGUCGGAACAACAGCGACUGCCAAGAUUUCCGUCAUCUUCACGCCGUAUAUGAUUGGAUUUAACAGAGGAUUGUACACCACCACCUGCAACAUCAUGAUCAGACGAACGCUCUUCGGAAGUUCCGACUGCAUCUGCUCCACGACCACGUCGAAGACAGCCAAGGAAGAGAAGCUGAUUAAAACCAUCAGAGUGCUCCUGCGGUCACCCCGAAAAACCGUUCCAAGAAAGGAAAAACCAGAGGAGCCCAGAAGUUCCGACUUCUUGCUGUUGUCGGCCAUGGCUUACGACAGGUACGUGUCCAUCUGCGAGCCCCUGCAAUACGCAAGCACCAUGGGGACCAGCCGGGUCGCCGCCUUCUUGGCCUUGGCCUGGUUCGUGCCCGCCUGCCACGUGUUGGUGGCGACCGUCAUCAGCGCCGAGCAGCGGAUGUGUCACUUUCUGCUCGCGGGGAUCUUUUGUAACAAUUCCAUCCAGAAACUUUUCUGCGCGACGCCGAGGUUCCUCACCGUGUGGGGCUUGCUCGUUCUGACGAAUAUUACUCUCAUCCCUGUGGUGUUUAUCGUCUUCACGUACGUCAAGAUAUUCGCCGUGGCCUACCGCAGCUGCGGAGAAGUCCGGAAAAAAGCGGCGGAGACGUGCCUGCCCCACCUGAUGGUUCUAAUCAGCUUCUCGUGUCUGUGCGGCUUCGACGUCAUCGUAGCGCGACUGGAGUCCGAUCUCUCCAAAACCGUGCGAUUGAUCAUGAGUCUGCAAAUCGUGGUGUACAAUCCUCUGUUCAACCCAAUCUUAUAUGGAGUGAAGAUGAAAGAAAUAUGGAAACACAUCAUGCGACUGCUGCAGCUGUGUGGAAAAUGUGACGUGAAAGUGCAUGCGCUCAAGUCGUAGGCGGCGCUCGAGUACUAUUUUGUUUAUUUCUCGAUGUCCCCGCGACCCCUGUGAGGAUAAGCGGCAAAGAAAAAUGGUUGGAUGGAUAGUUCUCCGUGUGAAAUUGUAAUGAUUUGUCGUUGAUGUUUUAUUUUGUUUGCCUAUCUUUCUUGAAAGCUUCAAGAGUUGAAUAAACAGCAU